GUGGUUGUCACUUCGUGCAUCUUCACAGCGCUCAAGUUCGCCUUCCUCUUCUUCUGCAUCAUUGAACUGACAGUGUGUGUGAAAUGGGACGAACUGAUGAACAGCACUGCCGUCAUCAACGACUGGAACGAUGUGGUCUCGCCGCCGGGUGUCUGUUGGGCCAACUUGCCACCCCUAGCAGCCAUCUGUCUCACCGCUGCCGUUGUUGUCUUCGCCGUCCACCUCGUCCGCUCCAGCCUCUUCCUCUCCCAGGUCUGGGGGGUGCGCCGAUUCUGUACCAUGGUCCUCGACAUGCCUACCAGUGAUGCUGAACUGGCUGAUAUCACCUGGUCCGAGGUGCUGCAUCGUCUGUUGUCCUGCCAAGACCAGAUGAAGCUCUGUCCUUCCAAACCCCUGCUCGACGAGUUGGACAUCUACAACAGGAUUCUGCGCAGAACAAACUACCUCAUUGGUAUGAUCAACCGGGAGGCGAUUCCCUACCGUUUUCGGGUCCCCAAAUGUAUCUUU